AUGGCGGCCAAAGGCAACCAGGCGAUGCCGAACGGAAGCCGCAAGGAGGAAAAUGCCUUUUGGAGGGUCUUGCGCCUCCCGGUGGUGAACUCAGCAUGCAGCAGCCUCCAAAAGACAUACAACGCUGCCAAAGAGUCUCAUCCUCUGGUGGCGUCAGUGUGCGACGCUUAUGAGAGAGGGAUCCAAGCCGCCAGCUCGCUUGCUGCGUGGAGCAUGAAACCGGUGGUGCGGAAGCUAGAACCUCAACUUGCAGUAGCCAAUGUCUUGGCUUGCCAAGGCCUGGAUCACUUGGAGCAAAGAAUUCCUGCCCUUCACAAGCCAGUGGAGGAAGUGACCUCUGAGCUAAAGGGCUCCAUCGGCACUCAUAUUCAAAGUGCUAGGCACUCGAUCGCCGAUGCCCUGGACUGGAUCUUGGGGUUGGCUGAGGAAAGCUGUGAGCAGGCUCAGAAUACUGUGAGAGAUGUCGUUGAGGACGCCAGGAGCAGUCGAGUGAGCUACAUGGCCGAAGCAGGAGUAGAAGUGGCGAUCGGAAAGGUGGAGAAGUUGGUGGGCGCCCUCCGUCCGAAACCUGAGUGCAACUCAGCUCGUGAGGAUUCAGAGAUUCGUGUCUCAAGGGAGGGAUCUCCCUCCGGCAUCUUUGGAAGGGUCAGUGCUUUGGCCCUCAAUGUUUCCCAGCUUGCCUACAGACAGACAACCCGAACCAUCCAACACACCAGAGCCAAGGGAGAGGAAUGGGCUAUGUGGAUUCCAGGCCUGGGUGGGUUGGCUGGGCAGAGUUCAACCAAGACCCAGCGGAUCUUCUCCAGCGCUCAAGAAACAGCAAGUGAUUGGCUAAGCACAGGGCAGAGAAAGGCACCCAAGCAAGAGGAGGAAGGAAAGAAUGACGAUGACCGAAGAAGCACGACCGAAGGGAGUGCCAAGGCCCGGAGCCUGGUGGGCAGCCUGACCCAGAGCCUGCAAGCAGCCUAUCUCUCCGCCGUCUCUGCCCUGAAGGGGGACCCCGUCCCACCCUGCAGUGCAGCCGGACAGCGCCUGCACCUCUCGCCGCGCAGGGCGGGGUCCGAGGCGAGCACAAAAGCGGGCACGCUGUGGGGGGUCCUGCAGACCAUCGCCAGCGGCUUUCUGGGCACGAUCUUCCACUACGUACCAGUGCCACGGCUCUUGGCGAAGGAAGAGGGGACUGCGGCUGGGAUAACAGAUGGGGCCGAGACAUACCAGCAGCAGGAAAGCCGCCAGCCCCUGGCCACCCGUGCCCAGGAAAGGGGGCCCCAUGAUCAGCUGCGGGGAGACUGGCAGUCCAACCGAGGGCACCUCCCCCUCCCCUUCCUCAAUCUCGACGAGCCCCACCCGGUGCAGCAAGCCCCCUUCCAACACCGGAGCCCGGCGUUAGAGGCCAACUCCACCAGCGCCCGCAAAUCUGCCUUCUCCCCUUACAAAGAGGCAGCUGGCAGCCGGCGGUUGAGCGAAGGGCUGUACCGCUCCAACUCUGAGUCUGUGUAUGGCAAGGCUCACUACCCAGGCCUUUACCGUCCUUAA